UGUGCUGCUAUUAAAAGAGCACAAAUCCUAAAGUAUUGCCGCGGCAGGGCGGCCGGCUGUCUUGUCGGAGGAGCUCUGUGAACGAGCUGCUGAGGCGUGCAGCUCCAGCUCUCCUCAGGAGGGGAAUAAAUCCAGAGUCCAGAACACCUGCAGAGGCCCGAGAAGCAGACAUGCUGCAGGACAUGGAUCCAACGUGGAUCACCACCGUCCUCCUGGUGCCGUGUGUCAUCGUACUGACGGCUGGUUUCUUCUACCUGUACGGCGCGGUCAUCAGCCUGUUGUCCAAAACAUCGGUACGCAACAAGGUGGUGGUUAUAACCGACGCUUUAUCAGGGCUCGGAAGAGAAUGUGCAGGUGUGUUUCACAAAGGAGGGGCGAGGCUGAUCCUCUGCGGGAAGAGUUGGGAGAAACUUGAAGAGUUUGCUGAUGAUUUGGCGAACGCCUCAGACCCGACUGUAACGUUCCCUCCAAAGCUGGUCCUUCUGGAUUUCGGAGACAUGGACAGCAUGCCGGACGUGAUCACAGAGAUCCUGGACUGUUAUGGCUGCCUGGACGUCCUCAUCCUCAACAGCAGCAUGAAGGUCAAAGCUCCUGCUCAGAGCGUCUCUCUGGAGAUGGACAAGCUGCUGAUGGACAACAACUACUUCGGACCGGCCACGCUGGCCAAAGGUGUGCUGCCCUCCAUGAUCUCCAGGAGAACCGGUCACCUGCUGCUCAUCAACAGCAUCCAGGGGAAACUUGCUGUGCCUUUUCGAACCACGUAUGCAGCAUCUAAACACGCCGUCCAGGCCUUCUUCGACUGCCUGAGAGCCGAGGUGGAGGAGUACGGCAUCUCCGUCAGCACCAUCAACCACACCUUCAUCAGCCCCUCGUCAGCUGAAAACACAGAGGCAGACUCCUCCAGAUCCGUCUGGUCCUUGCUGUACACCAAGAAACCGCUCGGCGUUUCUCCGGACGAGGCAGCGGCAGAGAUCGUGAAGACUCUCCACAACAAGAAGAAGGAGGUGGUCAUGGCUCCGUCGCUCCCAAAGGUGGCGAUCUACGCCCGCUCCUUCUUCCCAAACGUCUUCUUCGCCGUGAUGGCCGCAGGAGUGAACAACGCCGCCGCCUGUGAGAACAUGUAGAGCUGCUGACACAUCGUGCAGUCAUUAACUAACCAGUUAAAAAUUAAAUUAAAGGUCUGUGAAACGGCAUCCGAACAACACCAUAUGUACAUUUAUAGUUAAAUGUUGAUUUCACAUUGCUUGUUUAGAAGAGAAAAAAAUGUUUCUGUACAUUUUACAAGUAAACAUACAAAAAAAAUGACCAUCAGUUGUGCAGAAGUUACAUAAAAACUGUCAAUUAUAGCGAAAGUGUUCUUAUCUGUAUCUGUUCUUGUGUUUGUCAACUUGAUAAUAUU